GAAGACGCUUGGCGUUGUCGUGGAGCUUUGAGGAACUAUUUGCGAUGUAAACAUGUUUAUAGUAAUGGGCUUGUCGGGCAGUUAUGUUAGUAUGCAUACACUACUUGAUGUAUGUCACUAGUUAUAUACAUGUAGCGCUUAAAAUGCGAUUAUUACUAUGGGCUAUUUCGAUCAUCACAUUUCAUCUCGGGACUCUAAUACUACCAACAGGAGCAUGCUUCAGUAGAAACUAUGGCGAUGAAGCUCAUGAACCUGUCGUCCUGAUGGCCAAUGAUGAACCUCAAACAUUAACAUCUCCAGGAUACCCUAAUUCAUACCCACCAGGAAUGAAAUGCAUGUGGGAAGUGCAGGCUCUACAUUUCUCUGCCAAGAUCAGGAUCACAGUGCUUAACAUGGACCUUCUUCGAACAGUACCAAGGACUUGUUUGCACAACGUCAGUCUAUUUGAUGGAAGUUAUCGAGCUGUUUCCAGGAAGUCUCCUGAUGUGUUUUUAUGUGCCCAGGACAAGACAGUGUUCUUCAGCAAUGGGCGAGAAGCAACCAUUGUCUUUGUAACAAAUGAGCUUGGUUCAGGGAGAGGCUUCUUGUUAGAAUAUAAUCAGAUUGCUACACUGGAAGAAAAGUCGGAUCCUGUGCCAAUUUUUGUCGGAGUGUUUGGAUUCUUAGCGGUCAUAAUGUUCGUAGUUUGCUGUUAUGUGUUCGAUAGAAGACGAGCUGACCGCAGGUCCCAACGGAUGCCACAACCUCGUGCUCUACGGUCUCAUUAUCCAAGACCUCCGACCAGAGACUUGGCAAGCCCUUUCCUCCGAAACAAUAGUACGACUGAAACUAACGAUACAUCUGGUAAUGCAAGGAGUACAAGUAACUCCAGGAACACUAAUAACCUACCACCAACAUACCAGGAAGUGUAUGUUGGACCUUCACCUGACACUGAUCGCAGAUCAUCUGCCCCUCCGAUGGCAUUACCCCCAAGUUAUGAAGAUGCAGUUAGCAAGGGGAUGAUUCUUGGUGAUAGAGAAACAACGCUUUGAUGUCACUUGUAGACAAACAUUUUGUCUAAAAAUGACAAUAUUUAAAGAAAAAUAUUUAGGUGUUGUUGACCUGACACUGUUGCUUGUGAUGUUUCAGAGUAAGCUAUGUUGACCUGACCAUGUUGUUGCUGAUGUUUCAGAGUAAGCUAUGUUGACCUGACCGUGUUGUUGCUGAUGUUUCAGAGUAAGCUAUGUUGACCUGACCGUGUUGCGAGUGAUGUUUCAGAGUAACCUAUGUUGAUCUGACCGUGUUGUUGCUGAUGUUUCAGAGUAAGCUAUGUUGACCUGACCGUGUUGUUGCUUGUGAUGUUUCAGAGUAACCUAUGUUGACCUGACAGUGUUGUUGCUGAGGUUUCAGAGUAAGCUAUGUUGACCUGACCGUGUUGUUGUUGCUGAUGUUUCAGAGUAAGUUAUGUUGACCUGACCGUGUUGCGAGUGAUGUUUCAGAGUAACCUAUGUUGAUCUGACCGUGUUGUUGCUGAUGUUUCAGAGUAAGCUAUGUUGACCUGACCGUGUUGUUGCUUGUGAUGUUUCAGAGUAACCUAUGUUGACCUGACAGUGUUGUUGCUGAGGUUUCAGAGUAAGCUAUGUUGACCUGACCGUGUUGUUGUUGCUGAUGUUUCAGAGUAAGCUAUGUUGAUCUGACCGUGUUGCUUGUGAUGUUUCAGAGUAAGCUAUGUUGAUCUGACCGUGUUGCUUGUGAUGUUUCAGAGUAAGCUAUGUUGACCUGACCGUGUUGUUGCUUGUGAUGUUUCAGAGUAAGCUAUGUUGACCUGACCGUGUUGUUGCUGAGGUUUCAGAGUAAGCUAUGUUGACCUGACAGUGUUGCUUGUGAUGUUUCAGAGUAAGCUAUGUUGACCUGACCGUGUUGCUAGUGAUGUUUCAGAGUAACCUAUGUUGACCUGACCGUGUUGUUGUUGCUGAUGUUUCACAGUAACCUAUGUUGACCUGACAGUGUUGUUGUUGAUGUUUCAGAGUAACCUAUGUUGACCUGACAUUGAUGUUGCUGAGGUUUCAGAGUAAGCUAUGAUGACCUGACAGUGUUGCUGCGAGUGAUGUUUCAGAGUAACCUAUGUUGACCUGACAGUGUUGUUGAUGUUUCAGAGUAAGCUAUGUUGACCUGACAGUGUUGUUGUUGAUGUUUCAGAGUAAGCUAUGUUGACCUGACAGUGUUGUUGUUGAUGUUUCAGAGUAAGCUAUGUUGACCUGACAGUGUUGUUGCUGAUGUUUCACAGUAACCUAUGUUGACCUGACCAGGGUUAAAAAACUAACAGUUUUUGUCCACUAGUCCUUAUAAUGAUAACAUAUAGCAAAACCCUUAAAAUGGGCCAAUUUCUACUAGUCCUUAGGAUACCUUUACUAUUGGGCAGUUUGGUAAGGACUAUAGGACUAGUGCCAAUUUCUGCUGCUGACAGUGUUGUUGCGAGUGAUGUUUCACAGUAACCUAUGUUGACCUGACAGUGUUGUUGUUGAUGAUCACAGUAAGCUAUGUUGACCUGACCGUGUUGUUGAGCUUGAUGUUACACAGUAACCUAUGUUGACCUGACAGUGUUGUUGUUGAUGAUCACAGUAAGCUAUGUUGACCUGACCGUGUUGUUGAGCUUCAUGUUACACAGUAACCUAUGUUGACCUGACAGUGUUGUUGUUGAUGUUUCAGAGUAACCUAUGUUGACCUGACAGUGUUGUUGCUGAGGUUUCAGAGUAACCUAUGUUGACCUGACAGUGUUGUUGCAAGUGAUGUUUCACAGUAACCUAUGUUGACCUGACAGUGCUGUUGUUGAUGUUUCAGAGGAACCUAUGUUGACCUGACCGCGUUGUUGCGAGUGAUGUUUCACAGUAAUAUGUUGAAUUGACAGUCUUGUUGUUGAUGUUUCAGAGUAACCUAUGUUGACCUGACCGUAUUGUUACUGAUUUUUCAGAGUAAGCUAUGUUGACCUGGCUGUGUUGUUUCUGAUGUUUCAGAGUAAGCUAUGUUGACCUGACCGUGUUGUUUCUGAUGUUUCAGAGUAAGCUAUGUUGACCUGACCAUGUUGUUGCUGAUGUUUCAGAAUAACUGAGCUGAGCUGCCAAUGUUGACCAUGAAUUUAGUUUCUAUGGAUAGAGGCAAUAUAUUACUUGUGAUCUAGAUCAAUGAAUAGCAUUUAUUAGCACUUACUAGGACAUUUAAUAGAACAUUUCAUAGCACUUUGUUUUGUAUAGCUUGACAAUCAUGAUUUCCUGUCUGCCACAAGGUCCAUCAAUGGGCAGUACUAUGUCACAGAACUGCAUCAGUUGAGAGAAGCUAUCAAGGAAAUAGGAGGAGUGCUACUGCUUCGGAGAGGUGAGCCUGUAUACAGAUUACAAGUGGCAUCAGUUGCAGCUGCAGAUUGUGACUUUGAGUUGCUUCUCCCAACCAAAAUACAAUGAUAGAGUAACAAGAUGAUUGCCACCAUCAAGGCAUCUUAGGUAGAUGGAGACUUCUACAGGACAGUGAUACCAAAACUGGAGCUUCACUGGAAUAAGUGUAUUGAAGUCAAAGGAGAUUAUAUUUAAAAAGAAUGCAAUUGAUUUUGCAAUUAACUUUUUCUGAGGAUACAUUCCUUGCUUAAAAGUAAUGUUUUCACUGCCUCCUGACUAGUCAUAAAAUUCAAUCAACGUUUAUAUCAGUGCAUACAUGGUAGCAAAAUAUUGAUGCUGACAAAACCUUGAAUGGCGGCUUCUUUCAUGUGUACAAGCUGUUACAUGAAUGUUCUAUUCAGUUGUCAGUUAAGUUACUUUGACAUGACAUAGUUUGUGGCAGCCUUACAUUGAUAUAGAGCUGAAGUCUCUACAUGCAUCUUGAAGCUCAAUCAUGUCCUUAUAAGAUAUAUUACUAUGCCAAGAAAAUGUUGAGGUUCUUUAUGAAAAUAAAGACUGGUGGGAGUAAAAUGUGUAUGUUAUUGUAUGACAGUUUUCAUAUCCUACCCCAUAUCAUCCCAAGAGCCCGAUAUCAGCCCUUAUUAUCCCUCAAAGUGAGAUCGACCAAUCAGAGAGCAGAACUACUAAACCCAUAUGAGCCUGUAUACCUUCAGUAAAUACCCAGGAUGGCUGUCACUGAUCUAAUGUGAGACCUUAUGCAUCAGUAACAGCAAUCUUGGAUUUUCCAACACCCUCCUCACAUAUAUCAUUUGAAAAUUCUGCUACAGAAAUUUGUUAUUUGACCCUGUUUUGUGUCUUUAUAUCAUUAGUUGUGAUGUGCAAGGACAUUAAAAAGAAAUUUAAAUCACGUUCAUGAUUUUAUUGAUAAAGAUAAUAGUUAAAAUAGUUAAAACAUUUCGGCAUAAUAUAUUUGUUAUAGUGUCUUUAUAUGCAGUACAUGGUGACAUAUUAGGUUAGCAGAAUAAUCAUGGCCAGGACUGACAGUUCUCAGACUGAUAUGGGUGGGGGGGGGGGGAAGGUCGAAACUGCCAUAUGAUAACCCUUUUAUCAUCUGGUAAUACCAUAACAUCAAAUUGUAAACUGUAUCUAUUUCUAAGUGAAAGCAAUAUAUUUUCACCUGUUUGGAAGACAGGUUAGCUUGCCAAGCAGACAAGAAAACCGCACACUAAGGGAUGUAACUCCACUUUCUUAACAUCUGAGCUGAUAUCAAUCGCCCAUUCAAAAUACUUUGAAAAGCAUUAUCUGGCUGGCAGGGGGUGUAAUACCGUCGGGUUAUUGCUUCCCCCUCUAUGUGAGCUCUAUCACACAUGCAAAAUGCCUUAUAUCAUUGAUAUGUGUAUGAUAAUUUCAUUUAUCAUCCAAGACUGGCUUCCACAGGAGAUAUCACUUGGGUGAGAUGUUGCAAUGAAAUGGCAUCACAAUUCUUUGAAGACCAUUGAGACUUGACAUCACAAUCAAAUAACAUCACAAGUCUCUCUGCCACUGAAGAUGGUUAGCUGUACCUCUUACUUAUAUCACUGUUUUCAAAAUGAAAAAUUUUGAAGAAUGAUUUUGUGUGAUAAGUAGAAUCUUACCCUCAUGUCUUUUUAUGUCAAAUAUAUCAACACUGGUCAAUAUAACCUUUAUCGACAAACAUCGAUAUUUGAUAUCAAAAGACAUGUGGGUAAUAUUUUCUCGUUCACUUUAUUAUAGUUGUUUAGGUAUUGCUAUUUCUUUUUUUAAAGUGAACAACUUUGUACUUUUUGUAAGGGUAAACAUCAAGAAUGAUGGGGGCCUAACAGAACUGCUUCUUGGUUAUUGUUUUUGCUCAAUUACACCAAAGAUGUAGUGAGUUACUGUGUGGGACAUUUUGGAGGAUCAUCCAUCCUAUGCCCAUCAUCUUACAUAAUAGAACUAAACUUGUGCUGCAAUCACUAUAUUAUCUGUGUCAUAUUUUAUGAAUUCUCAUUAGUCUGUAAAAACCUCACUUUCUAGAGGGUUAUUGUUGGGUAUGUCUUUAUAUAGAUUAAGGAUAUGCUGCUAUGUACCCAUGAUUUAAUAAUCCAGAAAAUUGUUAUUCUGUGCUCUGGGAUUAAUCCAGUUAGAUUAAUUUGGUUUCACUAUAGUUUGAUAUUAUAAGUGGAUGUUUAGUUCUGUGAAAGGAAUAAAAUUUGAAAGGUUAUCUUAUAUGAAACUAUAUCUCCCAAGAAGUCCCAAUUAGCUCUGAUCUAAGAAUUAGGUAAAGUAAUUUUUUCAAAAAGAUCAGAGUUGAAAUGUUGUGUUGUUUAUGUUUUAAAAGUUUUGCACCAAAGUUAUACAAUAUUACAUUUUACCUUUAUUGUAGUAGAUUAAGAAACAUUGUUGAAAUUUCGUUACUUGUUUCGUCAAGUGUUUAUGCAGAAUGUGUUUACUUUAAGUGUUUGUCCUCGUUGACUUUUUAUACUGUUGACUGCAUAUUUGCUUGCUCUAUAUUUAAUACUUUAAACACUGACCCACACAAUUUGUGUAAGGUUACAUGACCUUUCAUAAUGUAUCUUAUUUAUUCCUAAUGGUGCUACAAAGCAUGACUAUGUAUAACAUUUUGCUUUCAGAUUUUUUAUUGUUGUUUUGACCUGUGUAUGUAUUGUUUCCAUAUUUUUUUAUAUAUACUCCUUAGAUUCCUGCAUUCUCUUUAUACAUACCAUUUUGCAAUAUCUAACCAAAUGUCAUUAAAAUAUCAUCUUUUGA